AUGCCUUCCUUGAGAGGAAAAGCACAGACGGUCUUGGGCCCUGUGGAGCCAGAUUGCCUUGGCUAUACGUUGACCCAUGAACACUUGACUAUGAACUACAGCAGCUGUUUUUGUCCACCUUCUCCAGGCCACAAAGCUCUGUCUGAUGGGCCCAUUGAGAUGAAGAACUUGUUUUGGAUUAAGCAAAACCCCUACAGCCAUAAAGAAAACCUUCUAUUGUGUCAGGAAACAGAUGCUGUGAAGGAGGAGCUGUUGCAUUUUAAAGCAGCAGGUGGUGGGACGAUUGUGGAGAACACAACCACAGGAAUUGCUCGGGAUGUGAAGACUUUGAAGAAACUUGCUGAAGAAACUGGAGUCCAUAUUGUUGCUGGGGCUGGGUUUUAUGUGGGUUCCACUCACUCUCCUCAAACACAGGCCAUGACAGUGGAGCAGCUGACAGGCAUCAUUGUUGAUGAGAUCCUCAGUGGAGCAGAUGGGACGGACAUCAAGUGUGGUGUGGUGGGGGAAAUAGGCUGCUCCUGGCCUUUGACCGAGAGCGAGCGCAGGGUGCUGCAGGCCGCGGCACAGGCGCAGGUGCAGCUGGGCUGUCCGGUUAUCAUCCAUCCCGGCAGGAGCAGCCAGGCACCCUGCCACAUCAUCCGCCUGCUGCAGGAGGCUGGGGCCAAGGCUGCAAAGACAGUCAUGUCUCACCUUGACAGGACUAUCUUUGAUACAGAGGAGCUUCUGGAAUUUGCUCAGCUUGGCUGCUAUUUAGAGUAUGACCUGUUUGGCACUGAGUUCCUGCAUUACCAGUUCCACCCUGCCAUCGACAUGCCAAGCGACAGCCAGAGAAUCGCCAGGAUUCGUAUGCUGAUCGAUGAAGGCUACGAAGACAGAAUUCUGAUGGCUCACGACGUGCACACCAAGCAUAGGCUGAUGAAAUAUGGAGGUCAUGGAUAUUCACAUAUCCUUAAAAAUAUAGUUCCUAAAAUGCUCAUCAGAGGCAUAUCCCAAGAUAAAAUUGACAAAAUCCUCCUAGCAAAUCCAAAGAGGUGGCUGACUUUUGAGUAGGAAUAAGGAAUAGGGAAGCUUGGUAAAAUCCAGCUCUGCCUCAGGAGAGCAACCAUCCCAAAACCUGCUGCUUUCCAGGGAAACUAGAAGUUGGUCAUUAUAUGUGGACAAACUGAUUAGGACUUCUCUUUUUGAUUAGAACAACAAAAUUGGGUAUUCUAGCUGCAUUUUCUCCCAUCUACAAAUCUGCUCAUGAAUGAUUUACCAGAGUUGAGCCUGCCUGCAAGAUCUUUGAGAUUUAAAAAUAAUUGUUUCUAGAAAGUAAUCUGAAUACAGUUACUAAAUAUGAACCCAAAGCAUUUCUGAAGAUGCAUCACCUGCGUCUUUGAAGGAAAUUAGGGUUUGCAGUUACAUUCCCAUUCUCCAGGAGAUGAUUUUAAUCUUUGUAAUAGUGACAAUCUUCAUAAUUUUUAAAUAAUGCUUGAUAAAAGGUCUGGGACUUUUACAUAGCUUCCAUAGACAACUAAAGGUGAAAGGAAUCUCAAAGAAUUUUAAGAGGGUAUUUUUUCUA